AUGCCCGUCAAAAACUACGGCGUGUGGAAGGCAAAGCCUGUCAGUUACAAAUUUGAGACUGACUGGGAUGAUCCAAAAAGCCCACACCUAUAUCUAGUGUUUGACGACGGUAAAAUCAGGAAUGCAGAAGCAGCAAUUAACAUCAAGUCUGGUGAUCACAAAGACUCUCGUCUGGUGUACUGGCCAGUCUCUGCCUUAGACCACCCCAUUAUGAACGAACUUCAGGCAGUAAAAGAUGGAUUCCAUUCCCUUGAAGAGGGGUCGAGCGAUCUAAGACUCGACUACAUCCGGGGAAACAUGUUCCAGAAACAGGCAGGCAGACUCCUUCCCCACGAUAUCCCAGAGGAGAACAACGAUAUAAUUGAUGUCUUGGAGCCUAUUAUUAAGGAAGCCAUUUCCAGCAAGGCCACCAUCUACCUGUACGGCUCGCGCUUUAGUGACGGGAAUACCGGCAAAAAGGGUAUUCACAAUGUGCACAUGAAUCAGGGGAACUCGAAGAAAUAUGCGAGGGAUAACGGUGUCUACCAGGACGGAGGAUUUUUUAUACAGUUCAAGAACCAUUGGAAGGCCAUCUUCCUUGGCUUUGCCUCUCAAGCCGUCCACACCAACGAUGACGAUGGCUCCCCUAUCCCACCAAAUGGCUAUGAAACCUGGGCUGAUUUCUUGGAUCCAGAGGUCCCGGCUAGAACACGCGAAUCUAACGAACUGCAUGACUCGCCUGUCCUCAUCAGUCAGGCGUUGGUGAAUCCUGCCGGCCCGGAUAACCAACCUGGCACCAAGCCCGAGACCGUCUCUCUGACCAAUCGCACUACACAUACAGUCGAUCUCACCGGAUGGAAGGCCAUAAACCAAGCCGGCCAGUUCGAAGAGCUGCCAAAGGGUGCCAAGCUAGCCGCCAAGGAGGUGUCCAAGGAGUUCAAGGUCCCAAAUUGCCCGCUUUCAAACAAGGGCGGAGUGAUUACGCUUCUCAAUGCACAGGGCAGCAAGGUCCACGGCGUGAGCUACACGAGGGCGCAAGCGAAGUGGCAAGGCAACACGGUUCUCUUCAGACAACCGGGUGAGGUGUUUUAG